CAGCCAUGGUAGGGUGGAGGUACAGGCACUAACAAUAUUUAAGAUGCUGCCUUGGUGGGGCAUUUAGACCCGGGAAGGAAAGUGUUCCAGUACCCACUGAGUUCCACUUCAGAAACUCUAGCUUUGAGAAAGGCUAGGAAAGCUCAGAGGAAGGAGACCACCAGGAAGGAAGAAAACUGCCCGUUAUAAGUCACAAGCUUUCCUCAGUUUCAUAGACCUCCAUCAGGUACAGACUCUAGAGGAAGACCCCCCCAACAGGCCCGCAGACAUGCUGAGGAAGACCUGGUUAUGCAUUAUCCUUGUGGCCUUUGUCAGCCACCCAGUGUGGCUGCAGAAGCCUCCUAAGCGCAAGACACCUGCACAGCUCAAAGCAGCGGUGUGCUGUGAGGAGAUGAGGGAGCUCAAAGCCCAGGUUGCCAACCUCAGCAGUCUGCUGGGUGAGCUGAGCAAGAAGCAGGAGAGCGACUGGGUCAGUGUGGUGAUGCAGGUGAUGGAGCUGGAGAGCAGCAGCAAGCGCAUGGAGUCACGGCUCACGGUGGCCGAGGGCAAGUACUCGGAGAUGAACAACCAGAUCGACAUCAUGCAGCUACAGGCAGCCCAGACCGUCACUCAGACCUCAGCAGAUGCCAUCUAUGACUGCUAUUCCCUCUACCAGAAGAACUACCGAAUCUCUGGAGUGUACAAGCUUCCUCCCGAUGAGUUCCUGGGCAGCCCUGAGCUGGAGGUGUUCUGUGACAUGGAAACUGCAGGCGGAGGCUGGACCAUCAUCCAGAGACGCAAGAGCGGCCUUGUCUCCUUCUACCAAGACUGGAGACAGUACAAGCAAGGCUUUGGCAGCAUCCGAGGGGACUUCUGGCUAGGGAAUGAGCACAUCCACCGGCUCACCAGGCAGCCAACACGGCUCCGUGUGGAGCUGGAGGACUGGGAGGGCAAUGCACGCUACGCAGAGUACAGCCACUUUGCACUAGGUAAUGAACUGAACAGCUACCGCCUCUUCCUGGGGAACUACAGUGGCACCGUGGGGAAGGAUGCCCUCCUCUACCAUAACAACACAGUCUUCAGCACCAAGGACAAGGACAAUGACAACUGCUUGGACAAGUGUGCAGAGCUCCGCAAAGGUGGCUACUGGUACAACUGCUGCACAGACUCCAACCUCAAUGGGGUGUACUACCGCAUGGGGGAGCACAAGAAGCACAUGGAUGGCAUCAGUUGGUAUGGCUGGCACGGAGCCAACUACUCCCUCAAACGGGUAGAGAUGAAGAUCCGUCCAGAAGUCUUCAAGCCUAACUAACUAAGAAGCCUGCUGCAAUGCAGAGCUAUGGAAGUGAGACAUGUGGAAGGCUGAGGGGGCAGAGCAGGAUGGGAGGAGAGUGAGAAAGGGCAGGAAGGGAAUGGUCUAUCAUCUACAAUGAAAAGCCACUCUCUAAGGAGCAGGACAGAACUCUAUCUGUGAGCACACGCACACACAAUAGAACUACACAUACCAAUAGCACUCACUAGCAAAUGGCAACAGCCAGUACACCCAGUGGGUCCUGCCUUGGGUGCCCGGGGGAGGACUGCGUGGGCCCAGAGAGCAGCAGCUCAUCUUCCACAUGACUUACCUGUGGGAAACAGUAAUCCUGGCUCACUUUACCCAUUUUCUCUAACAGAGGCUUAGACAAAAUGAGGGAAAGAGCAAAUGAAAAGAACUGUUGUGAUUCUCAGAGGAGAGGCCUUGGGCAACAAGAGUGGAUGAUGAAGAGGAGGCUUCCUCUUCUUAAAUCCCAUGACAUUUCCUGUGUCUAUAGGAUUUGUUUUGUUUUUCUUUUUGAGAGAGGGUCUCUCUACAUAGCUCUAGCUGACCUGGACUCAUUAUGUAGUGGCUGGUCUUGAACUCACAGAGAGCUACCUGCUUCUGCUUCCCAAGUGCUGAGAUUAAAGGCCUGCGCCUCCAUGACAGGCACAUAGGCUUUUUAAGAGAGAAAAAUGUGGGGGCUGCAGACCAGCUGCCCAGGUUGGACUUGCUUCUGUUAGGUCCUGGGUCAGGGAGCGCACUGCAAGGCACACUGUGGGUCUGAUGUGGAAGGGAAGACCAGUGGGAGGUGAGUCUCAGAGUGAUCACAGUACAGCCUUACAACAUUCUCAGUCAACAUACGCAUCCAUUUAUACUCAUUCUAUAAGAAAUGGACUGAAGAGAUCCCCUUUAUAAUACUGUCUAUAAGGAAAAUGUCUGGAAAAUGAAGGUAGAUGGCGCUGUGGUUACAAACUUAGGCUGUAUAUAAGAAGUAUCUUGCUUUGUAAAAAUAAAAUAUUGUAGUUAUGUUUUAAACAUUCAAAAUAUCUUUUUUCUUU